UGGGCAGUCACAUGCAGGAAUACAUGAAAUAGCUGUGACAUCAGAUCAAUUUUCACCGUACAUGAUGCACACAGCCUGAUUUUUUUCAAGACCCUUUUCGUCGUGUGAGCGCCCUCUCGCGUAUCAACAACACAACAACGUCUUGACCAAGACUAGGCCUCGAUAAAUGUUCCAAAGCAUAUGAACGAAGACGUCACAGAGAUCCCGACUUGAGUCAAGUCUACUCUGUUUUGCUUUGAACCGGCCGCGAACGCGAACCGGCCCAGGUUUUGGGAUUUCAGGGAGGACCGCAAGCGCACCACUUUGAACGCUUGGCAACCGGACUACAAGUGUUCCUCUCCUAUCUGCAGAGAGUUCGGAAGUGUUCUCUUUUAUUAAGUUACGUUGCAAAUUUUACAAUCAUAGAUCUGCCGGUGAUUUUUUGGUUCACUGCAUGGCUUCAAGUUGGACCGAAUAUGGCCUUCCUCAGCUGUCGAGGAGAGAACAUUCUGCGAUACGUAUAUUUGUUGAGUGCUGGAGCCAGAGCAAGCAACGUAAACAAGUAUGACAGUAUCUCAAACCCAACAGGUUGCAUCAACAUGGGCACAUCUGAAAACAGACUUGUGUUUGAUCUACUGAAAGACAGAAUGAACAAACUCAGUGUAAAAUGGGAAGAUGACAUGUACACCUACCCAGACUACCAGGGAAUUCCAGAGCUGCGGCAAGCUGUGGCAGAAUUUCUGACUGACCAGGCCAAAUCUCCAGAGCCACUAGACCCCAAAAAUAUUACCAUUAUGAAUGGAGGUGGAAUUUGCAUUGAGGCACUGACAUUUGCAAUCUGUGAUCCUGGCGAUGCUAUGAUGGUUGCCUCUCCAUAUUAUGGCGGAUUCGACAGAGACGCUGUGUUGAGACCAGAAGCUAAGGUCAUUCCAGUCCAUUUCCACAGUGAGCCUGAUGAGCCUGGACAGACUGAACCUUUCCAAAUUACCCAAUCCAAGUUUGAAUCGGUGUACCAGGAAGAAACUGCAAAGGGGGUCAAGAUCCGAGCUGUUUUUUUUAUGAAUCCCAAUAACCCACUUGGAGAUGUGCCUUCUAAACAACUUCUCCUGGACAUGUUGCAUUUCUGCCACAGACAUUCGCUUCAUCUGAUUGUGAACGAAGUCUACAUGAACUCCAUCUUCAAGGAAGGAGUGAAGUUCCACAGCUUUCUUAGUCUCAAACCGGAGGAGGUGCCAGAUCCCGAAAGAGUGCACUUUGUCUGGGCAGGAAGCAAGGAUUUGACAAUGUCAGGUAUGAGAUUUGGCGUCAUUCACACCUUGAACAGUUCCAUCAGUUCUUGCAUUAAUAGAUUCACCUACUUCCACUUAAUUCCUGUCUACAUUCAGAGAGUUAUGGCUCACCUUUUUUCUGAUAAAGAUUGGUGGAACAAUGUCUUCUUUCCAACCAAUCUCAAGAGGUUGCGAGAGGCUCACAAACUUACAACAGAUGCCCUGGACGAGAUGGGAAUACCAUACCUAAACCGACCCUCUGGGCUGUACGUUUAUGCUGACUUAAAGAAAUUCAUACCGUCCCUGACCGAGGCAGGUGAACUGGCACUCUUUCAUCGUUUGAUUGAUGAUGGUGUCUAUAUCAGUCCUUCUCUGGCAUUUUUCUCCGAUGAGCGUGGAUGGUUCCGCAUCAUUUUCUCCCGACCGCCCGAUGAGGUCAAAGUUGCUAUGGCAAGGCUAGCAAGGACCUGUCAAGCAUUUCUAGAAGAAAACAGGCAGUUGUAGUCCACGGCAACUGCAGGUGGGGAGAGAGACAGAGGUGACUCCUCAUAAACUAGUUACAUGUCUGGAAACUCCCAUUUCAAAACUGCUAAGCGAGAUCACCAAAUCUGAUUGGCAAGAGAUGAGCAUAGCUGAAAAAUGGAAGGAAGAACUGGAACUCUCAUAGAGCAGAAGAACUGGAACUCUCAUAGAGCAGAAGAACUGGAACUCUUAUAGAGCACAUGACCUCACUUCAAGUAGCUGGACCCAUUAUUAUGAGAAUUUUGAUAAAUUUCGGAUGCAGUUCACCCUCCCCGUGACAUGGUGGUUUUAUUCUAAUUUGGAUGUGUGGCCCUUCACUUUGCAAUGUUUGGGCUUCAAAUCCUGGAAUGCCUUGGAUGGUGCCACUGCAACCUAUUCAUAAAUACAUUAGAUGGUUGAGCCACUCCUAUUGGUCAAGAGUCCGUCUGUGGCCAGUUUCAACCGGCUGAUUAAGUGCCGGCCACCUGCAGGUACAUGCAAUGUUUGAAAUGUGAAAAUUGUGUACAUAUCAUGAGAAAUUUAUCAUUUUUAAUGUUGUAUUUAAUUCUAACAGAGAAGAUAGUUGCUUAGGAAAUUCGACACUAAUAACACUUUUUCUUGUAAUUUGUUUUAAAACGAGUAAGACGAGAUUAGGAGAUGCAAGUGUUCAAGUCCAACCAAGCAAUCAUUUCUGAACUUAGUUAUUCUUUGGCCAGUAUAAGUGAUUGAUCCAGGGAGUGUUCGUUGUUCAUUACGUAACACUUAUUCAUUACUUCUUUUUCUUCAUUGUUUGGUUUAGUUCCCUAUUCUUCCAAAUAUGUCUUAUGAUUUAAAGUGUUAGAUUUUAUUUGCUCCUUAUUCUGGGCUGUAAGAUUUUUUUUUCAUAUAAAAUUUUAAUUUACUCUUCUGCUAAAAUUGACUCUUAAUUUUGUAACGUCAUCUGAUCCACUAGGAAUCAUAGUGUUGUGAAAUUACUCAACAUGAACUGUUGAUUGAUUAUUAGUUAUAAUUAUUGGUUAUUUCUGGUAUUAUUAGCUGACAGCGCGCUCUGCGAUUAUUAGUUCGCUCGCGUCGCGUCGCGUCUUCGCCACUUCAGAGUGCAUUGACAGUGCACAGUUGAGUUACCGCUGCGUGCGCCCUAUCAGAACCACAUGUAAACAGCGCGCAAUUGCUUGCUUGGUCGCGCUAGCGCCCUCUUGCGGUGAGCGUGACACACUAAUGUUCGUUACACUGCACGCUGUUUUGUUACCUUAUGUGACUGUAAUAUCCCGACUACCGAAGGACUUAAUUCCAAGUUAUGGAAAGUAACUCUGUUCCUUAAACUCGUGAACUUCACCUUUUAACCCGGCUGCUUCUGGGACUGUGGUCGUAAAUAUAUUGUAUUACUUUCUUCCGGUGUAUCCCAAAUGCUACGUGUGCAUUUUCUGUUAGCCUUGCACUUGGUUUCCAGAGCCUCACAUGAAGAAGAUUAAAUCGGUGUUCCUCCAACUCAAAUAUUGCGUGUAUCUUGCUCAGUUCAUUACAGUGACUUAUUGGUAAAUGUUAUGAUGUAAUGUUUUGUUCUUAAUUCUCUGUAAAAACAAGCCCAACCUCAGGCUGUAUAAAUAGCCACGCUAGAUAGAAGAGUUCGUGUUCUGACCUUGGACCAUUCGGAUCUUUGCCCGGAAUUAAACCAGCUGUGAAGUAUA